UGCCUGUACUGUCGUUUCAACCCGUUCAGAACCACACGAAUUAUACAGAGAAAACUAAAGCACCAAAAACAUCAAGUUAAUUUAAACAUGAUGCAGUCCACCCCUAAGAAAGACGCGGAGAACACCUGUGUGCUGUGUUGCCAGGACAUCGACAUAUUCGCGGUGGGGAAAUGCGAUCACCCGGUGUGUUACCGAUGCUCCACCAAGAUGCGGGUGCUGUGCGAGCAGAACUACUGCGCCGUCUGCCGGGAACAGCUCGACAAGGUGGUCUUUGUAAAGAAACCUGUACCAUUCGCCGCUCUAAACAUUCAUCAGUAUCAGAUUGAAAAGAAAUAUGAUGUAUAUUUUGAAGAUGGAAAGAUCUAUGCGCAAUUCAGGAAGAUUUUGUUAAAUGAAUGUCCUCAAUGCCCAGAAGGUAAAGUGUUUUCUAAAUUCGAAGAGUUAGAGCAUCACAUGCGGAAACAACACGAGCUCUUCUGCUGCAAGUUAUGUGCUAAGCACCUUAAGAUAUUCUCGUACGAGCGCAAAUGGUACAAUCGAAAAGAACUGGCACGUCAUCGGUUGCAAGGGGACCCGGAUGACACCUCGCAUCGUGGGCAUCCCCUUUGUAAAUUCUGCGACGACCGAUAUCUGGAUAACGAUGAGCUUCUGAAGCACCUUCGCCGAGAUCACUACUUUUGCCAUUUCUGUGAUGCGGAUGGUGCUCAGGAGUACUACAGUGACUACCAGUACCUCAGUGAGCACUUCAGAGAGAGCCAUUAUCUGUGUGAGGAGGGCCGCUGUAGCACAGAGCAGUUCACUCAUGCUUUCCGCACAGAGAUUGACUACAAGGCUCACAAAGCAGCAGCCCACAGCAAAAGCAGGGCUGAGGCACGGCAGAACCGGCAGAUAGACAUACAGUUCACCUAUGCGCCAAGACAACAGCGCAGGAAUGACGGUAUGCAUGGUGGUGAAGACUAUGAGGAAGUGGAUCGCUUUAACAGGCAGGGGAGGCCAGGAAGAGGACGAGGCCCAGGCGGACUCCAGAAUGUACGAAGCUGGAGAUAUACUAGAGAUGAAGAGGACAGAGAAAUGGCCGCUGCUUUAAGAGCCUCAAUGGCCAGCCGAUUCCAAGAGGAGAGAGGCCAUGUGCAGGACCGUGGCCAUGUGCAGGACCGUGGCCAUGUGCAGGACCGGGGCCAUGUGCAGGACCGGGGCCAUGUGCAGGACCGUGGCCAUGUGCAGGACCGUGGCCAUGUGCAGGACCGUGGCCAUGUGCAGGACCGUGGCCAUGUGCAGGACCGGGGCCAUGUGCAGGACCGGGGCCAUGUGCAGGACCGGGGCCAUGUGCAGGACCGGGGCCAUGUGCAGGACCGGGGCCAUGUGCAGGACCGGGGCCAUGUGCAGGACCGGGGCCAUGUGCAGGACCGGGGCCAUGUGCAGGACAGAAAUGGCCACAAGCCAAGAAAAGAAGAAAAAGUGGAAUCAGAUGAGAUGAGAAAUAACAGGGGCAUGGUGAAGCCUCCAAAUGAAAUGCAAGCUCGAUCAAUGAAGAGUAAUCCACCCUUGCCUGGUGAGGACUUCCCAGUUUUAGGGGCACCUGCACCUCCUGUCCCCAUUCAAAGCGCCAUCAAACCAACUCCUGUCUCACUGAAGGAAGAUGACUUUCCAACCCUCUCUGGUGCCGUAGCUUCUGCUCCAAUGACGCCUGCAUACACAAACCAACCCAGGAAACAUUCAUCCUUUCAAGAGGAGGACUUUCCUGCAUUGGUCUCCAAGAUUAAAACCGUAAAGCCGCAGGCGAACAGCAAAUCAGCGUGGUCUCAGGCAGGAAGCAAACCUGUGGUGGUUCCCAAUAAACCUGUGGUUCUGCCGACCAAAACAACCCCUGGUGUCUCCUCGUCCAUACUGUCCGCCAGUGACCCACCCCCAAGUGCAACUGUCCCUCAGCCCCUCACCGCCUCAUCAUCUCGCCGAAAAAAGAAGCUCACCCCCGCAGAAUCCAACAAAGCUAAAGUAAGAUGUCCGUCUUCCUCCGACGAUGAAGAUCCCAAGAACAGUAAAACAACCCAGGAGAUUCGAGCAGUUCCUACCAUGCUUGACAUCUCCACUCUGCUAACAGUGAAAGGUGGCUCAUCUCAGUCAAAUCCCAAAACCAAUAAGAAGAAGAAGCAGGCAACGACAUCAUCACCUGGGACUCCUUUGCAUACUGCGGAGUCGGUGUGUAAGAUAGCUCAUAAAGAAAACGUCCCUGAAACGAAGCCACCAGAUACCAGUUUCACCAAAGUUCCAACAGCCUCCAAAACAAACUCAUUUAUGAAUGGGCAUAUGGAGAAGCCAACCGAAGCACUAUCUUGUACCUCAAUUUCUGCAAAUAUUCCUUCUCCUGUAAAGCAGCCGGCAACUGACCAAGAACCUUUACCCAAGGAAGAAGAUUUUCCAGCUCUUAUCUCAAAUAAACCUCCACCUGGCUUUAAAAGCGCAUUUCCCUUGAAGAGCACUCAGAGUGCGCUGCCCCCUCCUCCUGGACUUGUACCUGUGGUCAGCAAACCUCCACCAGGAUUUACUGGCAUCCCGCUCAACAGUAAUGUGGUCGAACCAACAAUGCCUGCUGUUAACAGGCCAACACCUGCUAUUGGAUCCUACCUCGUACCUGAAAAUUUCCAGCAGAGGAACAUGGACCUCAUUCAGUCUAUUAAGAAUUUCCUUCAGAAUGAUGAGACCAAGUUCAAUGAGUUUAAAAACUAUUCGGGCCAGUUUAGACAGGGUGUAAUACCUGCUGUCCAGUACUACAAAAGCUGCCAGGAAUUGCUGGGUGAGAAUUUCAACAGGGUCUUCAAUGAGCUGCUGGUUCUCCUCCCAGACACUCGUAAGCAACAGGAGCUCCUCACUGCCCAUGCAGACUUUAAAGCCCUUGAGAAACAACAGCAAGUCUCAAAGCCCAAGAAAAACAAAAAGAAAGCCUGGCAGACAGGCAACACCAGCAACAGCCAAGAUCUGGACUGCCAAGUAUGUCCCACCUGCAAACAGGUUGUGGCAUUGAAGGACUUCAACGCCCAUAAGACCCUGCACAUCAGCGACGAUGACUUUCCCUCUCUACAGGCCAUAAGCAAGAUUAUCAGUUAGCCAUCAGUACGCGAACGUCUACAGCUCAGUCACACAAGAUCUGGUGCUUCACCAGGGAAAAAGAUGCUUAACAAGUCAAAGGAGCAGCACUGAUGUUUACUUGGAUUGUUCGGUUAGGUUGAAAGUUUUGAUGCGCACCUUUUUUGAAGCAAAAAGAUCAUGAAGAUCUUGUACUGUUAGAGGUGCGAGUGAGACUGAGUUUAAUCUACUUGAAUGAUUGAGUUAUAACGUUAAUACCUGUGCCACUCCAGUCCUUCCUCAACUUGUUUUUCAUCAGGUUUUUCUAAUGCUGUUAGCAUGCUCAUUUGAUUUUUUUACAUUUUGUCAGGUUGGCUGCCUUUGAAAAAAUAACUUAUUUCGAAACAUACCUGCCGGUGGGUUGAAACUUGUUCGUUUCUCAUUUCUGCUUACAUCUACAGUACAUAAAAAUAAACGGUUAAUAUAUAGAUUCUUUUCUUAGAGUAAGGUACAGCAGUCAAUGUCCAUUUUUGAAUGUCUGUGCUUAAAUGCUUAACAAUUAAACAAUCAAGCCAGGGAACAAAAUUUACAACUCAAUACACUCCUUAGGGGCACAUAGAAUUGUCUGAUUUUUUUCAUACAUCGUCUAGAUUUUUGCACUGCUAUACAUCUAAUGAUAUACAUUUCAGGGUUGCUUUUUCUCAUCUCUUGCAGUUACUGAUAACUGGGCCAUACCACUGUAGUCAUAAACUUGAGAUGUUUCAGGUCAUUUCGGUUUAACUAAUGCUAGUAAAACUUCAGCUUCUGAUAAAAGGUGACCCUGUUAUUUGUGACCCUGGACCCUUAAGUAGCUUAGGUAUAUUAGUAGCAAUAGCCAACAAUACAUUAUAUGGGUCAAAAGAAUAGAUUUUUCUUUUAUGCCAAAAAUCAGGAUAUUAUUAAAGAAACACGCCCAGAUUUUGGGAAUUUAGCUUAUUCACCAUAUCCCCCAGAGUUAGAUAAGUCCAAACAAACUUUUCUCAUAUACAUUCAUGCUGUAACUCUGUCUGACGCAGCCCUCGCUAGCUUAGCUUAGCACAAAGACUGGAAGUGAAUGGCUCCAGCUAGCAAACUGCUCACAAUAAGUGACAAAAUAACGCGAACAUUUUCCUAUUUAUGUGUUGUGAUUUGUAUAGUCACACUUUUAACCGUAUACAUACUGGGAAAUAUAUUCUCAGAAGGCGAAGCACUGCUACUUGGGCAGAGUGAUUUGUUCGCAGCACCUGAGAAGCCCCCUGGUGAGGAGCAGAGAGUUCGGUCAGAGUUGUGCAAAAAGUUAUGAAUAAGCUAAAUUCCCAAAAAUUGGGCGUGUUCCUUUAAGUAAAGAUUAUGUUUUAUGUGGACAACUUUAAAGGCCAAUUAUUGUCCUAUCCUAACAAACCAUACAUCAAUAGAAAGCUUAUUUAUUCAACUUAUACAGAUGAUGUAUAAAUGUCAAUUUCAAAAAAUUGAAAUUUUGUGGUCCAUGGUCACAUUUAACAAUCUAUAACAUAGAUUAGAUUUGGAUAAUUUUGCAAUUGUAUGCUUGGAACUAAAAACAUCAGUGUUAUCAAGCGACUGCAGCAAUUAAAAUGUCAAAAAAAUGUGGCUUUCGGUAAAAGAAAGUGCUGAAAGCUCUACAUUGUGUGACACAGUCAUACAAGGUCAACAUUACAAAGUGAUCCACUCAUGAAAAACAUGUCUCUUUAUUUUCAUAAUGUCUGACAACAGCAGUCUGAAGACGGUUUGAUUGACAACAAUAAAUCAUUGACAGAUGGGUUAUAUUGCCUGCAGAUACAGUAAAUUAUGUGGGUUUUAAAAGAAUCAUGGACAAGGUCUCUGACGCAUUUUUACUGCUGCAAACUUUGCACUUUGACCUUCAACUAAGUUCAGAGUAAAAUGCAUUUCCUAUUCGACGAUUGCUCCACUUUCUUAUAUGACUGGACAUUGAAAGGUCAAGUGAUUUUUUUUUUUUUUUUUUUUGAUGCCGUAGUUUCAAUUGCACAAUUCAUGUACCUCACCUAAACCAUAGGUGUCUCACUUUAGGGCAUUUCACCCCUUAGCAUUAAAUAAGCCAUUUAACUGAUCUUUAAUAACUUUACAAUUGCUCCUCAUCUAUAAUACUACU